UACGGGGAGACUCGGAACGUUCGGACGAGUUCUCCUUCUGUAUCUUCAGAUACGCUUUUCUGUACAAAGAUCUCGAAUAAACCUGAGUUCCUUAUUUUGAUAAACGAGUGUUCUCUUUCCCUCACGUGAGUCCGGAAGUGUGCGGCGCGAACGCGAGUGACCAGUAAUAGCGAAGCGCGGCGCAUCAUUUCGGCGGUUCGUCCGGGAUAGGACGAGCGAGAGCGGACAAGCGGAACUUGAUGGCAAGCACCGAACCAGCUCCCACGUUGAGAAAGAGAGCGCGGAUGGGGACCCCGAGGCCGAGAGGCCCACAGCUCGAGGCGGAGACGGAGAUUCAACGAGCCGGCCCGAGCGCCCCUCAGCUCUCAGCGGAGGCAGAGAUCGUACGGGCGAUGCUGCAAGAGAUGCGGCAGAUCCGCGAGGAGCACGCAGCGGCAGCGUUGAUGCGGCAGCGGGAUACGGAGCCUCAGCGUCAGGAACGCUCACAGCUAAGUCCUUCCGUAAAUAGAGCUCACGCAGAUUCGGGGUCGCGAGUCGCGGUAGUGAAUUGCGGAGGGGAAGAUCCACGUCGCGAAACAGAGUGGGGCCAGAAUAUUAAAUUAAAGCCUGACACAUAUGACGGGACAAUUCCAUUACGUGAAUUUUUCUCUCAGUUUGAACUGAUCGCUCGGGCAAAUGGGUGGAGUGACGCUUCGAAAACGAUUAUCCUAGCUUCUUGUUUAAGAGGAAAGGCGCGUUCCAUCCUUGAAAACGUACAGGAUUUAGAAAAUCUAGAUUAUGUGGAGCUGAAGUCGAAGCUCGAGUUACGUUUUGGUGAGGGGCUCCACUCGCAGAACUAUUAUUUGCUAUUUACCAAUAGAAAACAAAAGUUUGGGGAAGAUCUCGCCGAACUUGGUUCCGAUUUAGAGAGAUUAGCUCGAUUAGCGUACCCCGAAUGUCCCUUUCCGGUUCGCGAUAAAAUCGCUUGCUCCCAAUUUAUCUCUGCGCUUUCGAAUGGUUUCAUACGGAGAACCUUUCAGCUGGAAGGGGUUACCUCUCUCAAAUUUGCCAUAGAGAGAGCGAAAGUGGUCAAAAUCAUACAGGGAGAUAGCUUCGAAAAGAGAAAAAAACUUUAUAAUAAUAUUUUCGAAAGAAAGAACGGAAAGGAUGCGCGUAAAGAGAAUAAUGAGGAAAAGGAGGGGGAGAUGAAAAUAGUCGGAAAGGGAAACCGGCGAGGCGGCCAGUUUGGCGCCGGCCAGAAAAAAAGAAUGCUGGACUUGUGGGAAAACGGGGCAUUUCCGGUAUGAAUGUCCAGCAGGGGAGGGAAACGUGAAUUAGUCGAGCUCGGCGGGGAGGGUUCGACCCAUGCAAAAAAUGCCCCGGUUGUUGAACAUUUUAUUAGCUGUAAGUUAGAUAAGAAUAAGUUAGAUAAGAAAAAUUUUUAUUGCGAUGGCUUUCUGGACGGAAAACGUUGCUCAUUUAAAAUCGACACGGGCUCCGAUGUUUCAAUUGUAAGUAGUAGAUUGAUAGGGAAGAAUAAAGAAAGAAUUGUAUUAGCGGAUCAUAAUCUUAGAUAUCCGACGGGAGAAAAAGUCCCAUUUGAGUCUAAAGUCUUGGUAAAAAUUCAAAUCGGGAAAUAUUCUCUGGAGAUGCCCAUGUUUGUGGCAAAGAUUAGUGAGGAAUGUUUGUUGGGCGCAGAUUUUCUCGAGACGGUAAAUUUAAAAAACAUUUUCGAAUCUUCUCUGGGAAAUUCAGAAUUUAAAGAGGAGAAGAGGGUUUACGAUUGUUUUCGUGUAGUAAACUCUGCUGAAAAAGUACCUUCCUUUUUAAAAGAAUUCUAUGAGAGAGAUUCUGUAAAUAAAAUCUCUUAAUAAAACUCGGAGGGACGUUUUCUUUGCCUUUUUGAAUGAGCAUAGAGAAGUGUUUUCUGAUGAGAAUGUUGCAUUCCUGCCCCAUUGUAAUAUUGUUUACCAUAACAUAAAUGUGGAGAAUUCCUCCCCAAUUAAGCAGGUCCCUCGUCGCAUUCCAAUUCAAAUGCGAGAUGAAGUAAAUCAAAUAAUUGAGGAUAUGAGGAAGCGGGGAGUAAUUGAGGAAUCCCAGAGCCCUUGUGUCUCACCAGUCGUUCUGGUAAAAAAGAAGGACGGAACGAUAAGAUUUUGUGUGGACUAUAGAGAGAUAAAUGCUGUUACAAAAAAAGAUUCCUUUCCGCUCCCUAGAAUUGAUGACAUCUUCGAUCAACUCGCAGGGGACUCGAAGGGCAAUUGGCUCGUUGGCUGAAAAGACUCCAGCAAUACGAAUUCGAGAUUUUAUAUCGGAAAGGGCAGACCCACAAGAAUGCCGACGGAUUGUCUAGACGACAAUGUGAGAUGUCCGGUUGUGAGUACUGUGCCAGGGUGGAAAAGAAGAAUGCCGAAGGGCAAGUUAAGUCUGUCGCUCGCAUAGUUUUCGGAGGGGAAAGUUUUGAGAGCUGGAGUAGAGAUCAGGAAGAAGAUCCUGACGUCGCUAUCUUUCUUCGAGCCAGGGAGACGGGAGAGCGUCCUCCGCGCUCCGAGAUUAUCGCUAGGGGUGUUUCUGCCCGAAUUUAUUGGACUUAUUGAGACGCACUUAUCCUCAAAGAUGGAGUUCUUUAUAGGAGGUAGGAGGCUCCCAAUUUAAAGUCAAGCUUUCUUCAGCCUGUUGUUCCUCGGAAACGCGUGAAAGAAAUUCUGGAAGGAUCCCACGAUUCCUCUUCGGGCGGACAUUUCGGGGUAAACAAAACUUUAGAAAAGAUCCGGAAACGUUUCUAUUGGGCAACUUGCAAGCAAGAUGUCGAAAAUUGGUGCAAGUCUUGCGACAUCUGCGUAGUCAAGAAGGGCCCUGCAGGGAAGAAAAAGUCUCCUCUUCAAAUUUUUAACGUCGGGGAUCCGCUUGUAAGAGUACAAAUGGACAUUCUUGGUCCCCUCCCGACGACUUAUUUUGGGAAUAAAUAUCUCUUGGUUGUUGUAAAUUGUUUUACAAAAUGGUUGGAAGUUUUUCCACUUAAAAAUAUCAGGGCAAAGACUGUGGCGGAUGUUUUUGUUAGCCAGUUUGUUUUUAGGCACGGAGUUCCUGAGGAGGUCCACACGGAUCAGGGAAAGAACUUCGAAUCUAAACUCUUCGCUGAAUUAAUGGUUCUUCUCGGAAUAAAGAAAACGAGGACCACGGCUUUGCAUCCUCAAUUAGAUGGUCAGGCUAAGCGCCAACAUCAGACCAUUACAAAUUAUUUAGCGAAGUAUAUCUCUAAGAAUCAAAGAGGUUGGGACCGUUGGGUACCCAUGUUUUUGCUCGCUUAUAGGUCUUCUAAACACGAGUCUACUGGCGUAACUCCCGCGGAACUAUACUUUGCCCGAGAUCUGAGAUUAUCUGUCGAUUUGCGCCAAGGGAGACCACCGAAUCCGGAGAAGUUCCAAUUAGUUGAAAAUUAUAUUGGGAAUUUAAAAAAAAAGCUUGAAGAAAUUCAUUUUAGUGUUAGGGAACGAAUAAAUGUCAAAUCUUCGCAAGUAAAGACCUGGUACGAUCGGAGUGCCAGGCAAACUCUUUUUGAACCAUGUCAAAAGGUUUGGUUCUUCAACCCUCGUAGGAAGAAAGGAAAAGCCCCGAAGUUACAGGGCAAUUGGGAAGGACCCUUUACCGUGGUAAAAAAGCUUAGCGAUGUUAUUUACUGUCAUACAAAGGUCGCCUACUCGGAAAAAGAAAAUAGUGCAUGCUGAUAGACUAGCUCCUUAUUCAAUCAGGAAAGUGGAGUAGGUCGGAGCCCGGACUAGGAAUGUAGGGAAAUAGGAAUUAAAUUUAGUAAAAACUUGUUUUGUUAUUGUUCUUGUUACUGCGUUUGAUGCUUGUUUUUACAGUUAGUCAAGAAGGACUUUCGAUCCGAAAAAGUGUUUAAAGAGGACUGACGGCGUAGUCCCAUCUUAACUCUUUUCGUCAUUUAAAUAAGAAAACCGCCUCGCCCACGGUUUUUGACCGUGGUUUUCCCGUGGGACGUAGGGCGAAUGUCGAGGCGGGGACUGGGGAGUCUUGCAAGACGCAGGGUCCACGGAAGUUCCCCCCCCCCCCAUGUCCAAAGAUUUAGAAGAGGAGUCAACGCCGGAAACAAAGAGGGGUCCACGCUGAACCAGAAUAUUAGCGGUGUUCUAAGAAGAGUCGUCCUGAAACCGGCAAGAGGGACCAGCCUGGCCAGCUCUCCCUCGGGAAAAGCCAAGACAGGAGACCCAAGGAGGAAGAGGUCAAGAGGACCGAGCUUCCUGGAAAAAGGAACUUAAGAAGACGGAGCCCGGUAACCCGCAGCAGCAGCUAGGGGUAGGGCAGGAGUCCGUCACAGAAUCCCGGGAACAAAUACCACCUGUUCACUGCCCUUCUGGAUUGUCGGGACGACAAUCUUGAAAAGGGAGGGCAGUGUUGCGCCCGUGCUGGACACCCGUUUGUGGGCUGAACUUGGCUCCGCUGAUCGCUCUGCGAAAGCUUCGUGUUGAAGCGCGUCCCUUGACUACGGAUUAUUGAUUUAUUGAUUUCACGACGACUGUCAGAUUUACGGGGAGACUCAGAACGUUUAGACGAGUUCUCCUUCUGUAUUUUCAGAUACGCUUUUCUGUACAAAGAUCUCGAAUAAACCUGAGUCCCUUAUUUUGAUAAA